AUGGGCGGUGCUUUACAGUCGGACUCCGCAUUUUCCCCAUCUAAGUUCGUCAAGCAGCGAAGAAUUCCAGGAAAUGAAGCAUCCUCGGCUGACAAACUUUUGGGUAGCCUUUAUGGCAGAUUUAGCUGGGUAACCUCAGCACCCAACACCAGAAAACCGUAUGCGAUCUACAUGUCUCCCUUAACAGCCCUUCCAGUGUCGCCAUCACUCGAACUGUCUCUAUUGAUUCUCAACGUAUUCUCUCGCACACCCACAUUCGCUCACUCCGCCAAUGAAAGUCGAUUUUGCAGUUCCCUCAAAUUCCACCCUUCUCUGCACAGGCAACUUGUCUACGCCUCCCAGUCUCCCACCACCUGCCUCCCUCGGGUACGGAAACCAAGCAAUUCUUCACCAUUCUCACCUUCCUCCCGACUGAUGUCGAUCGUUGGGAAGGCCACUUACACCCCACGGAUACACGGCUUCCUUUCGGUGUUUGGAGCCUCCGGGGAGAUUCAAGGUGGAGUGGACAAUGGGGGCGGAAUGAAGCUGGAAGCCCGCUUGUGUCCCCCUUUUUCCGCUUUGUGGGCUUCCCCGAGAUUCGAGGUUUCCCCCAAGCUUCUCAAUGAGUCGCCGUCUUUCCAAAAAGGCCCCUACAUCGUCCACAACGAUGACCUCGGGGGGUGGAACGACGACGACGAUGAGUGCCCAUCAACAUCAACAACAUCAUGCAUUCGACCUUCCCGAUCCCUUUGCAAGUUCCCUUCGUCCGUGAAUGUGGUUGCUGCUUCGAAUGUGGAGUUUAACAACGAGUUGCUCACAGUUACACUCUUGGUGGACCCGGUGAUCGAUCAACGCCUAAUGACCCCCAUCACACUCACCACCACCACCACCAGCAGCAGUAUGAAAACGCAACGGCGUAUGAAAACCCCACCACGCGAUGACGGCCUCGGGGGGUUCGACGACGAUGCAUCAACAACAUCAUGGGUUCGACCUUCCCAAUCCUUUUCGAAAGUUCCCCACGUCUGUGGCUGCUGCGAAUGUGGAGUUCAACGACGAGUUGUCGAUGGCCUCAUUGUUGGGUGGCCCAGGUGGUGA